AUGUUUCUACAUGUCCAGCCGGUUGAACACAUAGAAAGUUCGUCAACUAUAAUACCAAGUUACUGGUUCUUCGCCAAUUUCUUGGCACUAACAGGAAAUCUUCACACCCUUUCACGUGCUCACUGCUUUUUCAAAAACUCUCGCAUCUUAUCCCUGUGCGAUCUUGAACAAGCGAAAGAAACGCGGAUGAGCCAAAAAGCCAUGCGAUCCUGUGCGUCAUUUAAGAGCUUUUGGACGUUAUAUAAAACAUGGCUGUGA